AUGACUGAACCAACCAGCCUUUCUGUGGGUGCACAACAGACACAGAAACAAGAGAGUGUUGCCAUACAGUUGAUGAAGCAUGAAAAGGAAGUUGGUGUUCUGUCUAAUGAACUUGUUUCAGCAAACACAGCUGCUGACCAGAAAGAGCAGUCUACAUCGGAAAUAAGAAAAGACUAUGUAUACAGAAGUACUGGCAGACCUGAGGGGACAGAUAUGAUUAAAUCACUUGUGACAGAUCAGGAUGCACCUGGAAACUGUGAAUUAUAUCUACCUGUGUCUAAUAAUUGUUCAGCAAUGGAGUCAUCUGAGGACAGUGAGGAGGACAUGUAUCGUGAUGCAGAAGAAAUAGAGAGAGAGAAAAUACUGCUUUGUGAGACAGGCUCUUCAGACUGUAAAUUAAGUGUUGCACCUGAAAUGGACAUUAUGGAGUAUUGCAGAAAAGAAUGGAGAGGAAAUACACCCGUAGCAAAAACAAUGAGAAAGGGAUAUGAAGCAGUUGCUCAGAAGUUUGCAUCUAUACGGAGAGUACGAGGUGAUAACUAUUGUGCUCUCAGAGCAACUCUGUUCCAGGCGCUAAGCCAAGCUACCCAGUUACCAAGCUGGCUGCAGAGUGAGGAUUUUACUAUG